UAUGAUUAUAAUGAAAUGAAUUAAAACGAAUUGAUCCUCCCUGAGCCUCACACACUGAACCCUCAGCUGUGAUUAGCUAAAGCUCAUUAACGGGUCCUCCCCUGACUGACAGCUCCCUUAUCCAAUAGCUGUUUGGAAUUCACCGCUCCUCCAAUCAUAAGGCAGUGUGAGCUCAUGCUGUCUGCCUGUUGGUGCAGCGCUCGGCCGCGGAUGUCUCCUCUGGUGAAGGUUGCCCGUCAGUCUUUGCUGGGAGCUCGCUUCUCUCGGUCCGCUCGCUUUACGCGCAGAGAGCGCAGCAGGCGGAACGUCGACACGGAGCUUCUGUUUGUUGUCACGUCACGCAGGAAUCUCUCCGCGCAGCACAGCAGCCAUGGAUGAGAUGGAGGAAGAGUUAAAAUGCCCGGUGUGCGGCUCAUUUUACCGCGAGCCCAUCAUCCUGCCGUGCUCUCACAACAUUUGCCUGGCGUGUGCUCGGAAUAUUCUGGUGCAGACCCCCGACACGGAAUCCCCUCAGAGCAGCCGAGCCUCCGGGUCCGGAGUCUCUGACUAUGACUACCUGGACCUGGAUAAGAUGAGUUUGUACAGUGAGGCAGACAGUGGAUAUGGUUCCUAUGGGGGCUUCGUCAGCGCUCCUACCACCCCCUGCCAAAAGUCACCUAACGGGGUGCGUGUUUUCCCCCCGACUGUUCCCCAGCAGCCUCCCCCUCAACACCUAAUACCGCAGCCCGGCUCUUUACCGCCGAUCCCCCGCAACUCCUGCAUUACCUGCCCGCAGUGUCACCGCAGCCUCAUCCUAGACGACAGGGGGCUCCGCGGAUUCCCCAAGAACAGGGUGUUGGAGGGGGUGGUUGACCGGUACCAGCAAAGCAAAGCGGCAGCUCUCAAAUGUCAACUCUGUGAAAAGAGUCCAAAGGAGGCCACCGUGAUGUGCGAGCAGUGCGACGUCUUCUACUGCGACCCCUGCCGCCUGCGCUGCCAUCCUCCCCGCGGGCCCCUCGCCAAGCACCGCUUGGUGCCGCCCGCGCAGGGCCGGAUCAGCCGCCGAACCAGUCCCCGCAAGAUCUCCACAUGCACGGAGCAUGAGCUGGAGAACCUGAGCAUGUACUGUGUGCAGUGUAAGAGUCCGGUGUGUUAUCAGUGUCUGGAGGAAGGAAAACACGGAACACACGAGGUGAAGGCUUUGGGAGCGAUGUGGAAACUACACAAGAUGUGCACUGGGCUCACCUCAGAUUUGGGCUGUAACUAUAGCUACAACACAUGA